AUGGAGUGGGUUGUCGGCGGCAAGUUUAAGAUCGGUCGCAAAAUCGGAAGUGGUUCGUUUGGGGAAAUUUUUAUCGCUUCGGAUAUGGAUAACUCUGAGAUCGUAGCUGUUAAACUGGAAAAGAAGAAUACAAGGCAUCCACAACUAUUGCAAGAGGCCAAAUUAUACAGUAUUCUUCAAGGAGAAAGUGGUAUUCCAAAUAUGAAAUGGUGUGGCACUGAUGGAGACCAUAAUGUUCUGGUUAUGGAUCUUCUCGGGCGUAGUCUGGAAGACCUUUUUGUAUUCUGUGGGAACAAACUUUCUUUAAAAGCAGUUUUGAUGUUAGCCGAUCAGAUGCUUUCGAGAAUAGAAUAUGUGCAUUCCAAGGGAUUCUUACAUAGAGACAUCAAACCGGAUAACUUCCUAAUGGGUAUUAGGAGAAAAUCAAAUCAGGUUUAUAUUAUUGAUUUCGGACUAGCAAAAAGAUAUCAGGACCCCAAAACAAAGAAGCAUAUUGCUUACAGAGAGAAGAAAAAUUUAACAGGGACUGCACGAUAUGCAAGUUGCAAUACUCACUUAGGAAUUGAGCAAAGUCGCCGUGAUGAUUUGGAGUCUAUUGGUUAUGUUCUUAUGUACUUCUUAAGAGGAAGCCUUCCUUGGCAGGGAUUGAAAGCUAUCACCAAAGAGGAAAAAUAUGACAAGAUUCGGGAGAAGAAGUUAUCAACUCCCAUUGAGACGCUUUGCGAAUCAUAUCCUGUGGAGUUCGCUUCUUACUUCCAUUAUUGUCGCUCUUUAACAUUUGAUCAAGAUCCAGAUUAUGGAUACUUAAGGCGUUUGUUUCGUGAUUUGUUCACCUGUGAAGGAUAUGAGUAUGACAAUUUAUUCGACUGGACCAUCCUAAGAAAUCAGCAGGUGCAACAGACAAGGAGACCGAAUCAAUCAUCUCCUUCAGAUGCUGUGCCUAGUGCUGUUCCUAGCAGUCUUGAACCAUUGGCUGUGGAAAAGCGUACAGGAAUCAAUAAUUCUCCUCAAUUUACUGUAACAAAACUGCUAACCAAUCUUGAUCGCCCAAACGUGCGUGUGCAUCCUAAGCCAUCCAAUGUUAAGAAACUGAAUACCAAGAAUCACACUGAAAAACAUAAUGUGAACAAUGGUCCAUCUACUUCAUCUGCCUUGCAAAAAUCAACUACACGAAAUAUAUCCAAGCCUGAAAAGUCCACAUUAACCUCAAACAUAGGGCGUGUAUUUGGUACUAACCCCCAUGUUUCAAGCAGCUGGAUGCCUUCAUUACGACGGGUUUCUUCAACCAAAUAA